UCGGCCAGCCAGACUCUACAACAAGUUCCGGCGAAGCCACAGUCUUGUGCUUUCGGGACUGCGUUGCGUUGCUGUGCCGCGCGGGGGGUUUCAUUCGCCGUCGUCUCCGUCUCAUUUGCCGCUCUUGGAUCCCCUCAACUAGUCGAAUUCCGCCUUUGUCUUGAGAGGGUUUUUGCUAGGUCGGUGGUUUUGAGUUGCUGUAUUCAAUGACGAGGGCAACGAAGCAUAAGUCCAAGUCGAAGCAGUACCUCGCACCGAAGCAGCGUAAGGAGGGAAAUGCAGCUAAGUACAUAACGCGUAACAAGGCGUUGAAUCGCUUGCAAAUCAAGCUUCCCGAGUUUCGGCGUUUGUGCAUUUUAAAAGGGAUUCAUCCUCGGGAACCUAAGAAGAAAGUAGAGGGACACAACAAGACCUAUUACCAUGUUAAGGAUAUUGCGUUUCUGGCUCACGAGCCUCUUUUGAACCGAAGCCGGGAGCUGAAAGCGUAUGAGAAGAAGAUUGUGAAGGCACGGGCUAAGAGAAAUUUUGAUUUAGUAGAGCGCUUGCUGGGCCGCAAACCUGAAUGGAACCUAAAUCAUCUCGUGAAAGAGAGGUAUCCUUCUUUCGUUGAUGCACUUCGCGACCUUGACGAUCCUCUUACAAUUCUUCAUCUGUUUGCGUGGCUGCCUGCUGACAACAGUCAGAAGAUCAGGCCGGAGCACAUUGAAAGUGCACGCAAGUUGUCUCUGCAGUGGCAAGCAUAUUGUAUACGAGUUAGAGCUUUGCGGAAAGUUUUUGUGUCAGUGAAGGGAGUGUAUUAUCAAGCUGAAGUUGGAGGGCAGAAUAUCACAUGGCUGACUCCACAUUGCACGAGUCAGGUUUUGCCAUCAGAUGUCGACUUCCGCGUCAUGCUGACUUUCCUGGAAUUUUACAAGACCCUGGUUGGGUUCGUGAAUUUCAAGCUCUACCACGAGUUGGGGUUGCGGUAUCCUCCAAUUCUCGAUGACAAGCUCGAGAAGGCGGCCAAUGAGCUUUACGGAUUGAUGAAGGGUCUUGCUUCGGCUGCUCCGGUGAUAGAGGACACACCUAAGACUGAUGGAGGUGACAAUGACACUGAGAUGGCAGAGGAAGAUCCUCGAGCUGUAGAGUCGCAAGCUAGGCUUGCAUCAUUGCACAGUAGGCUCUUGGCGAUUGAUACUGAACAAGAAUCCCCAGUCCUUAACACAGAAGCGACCAAGGAGCCUGAGGACGAAGACUUGGACCCCUCGGUCAAUAUAUUCAAGGGGUCGAAGUUUUUCCUAGGUAGAGAAGUGCCCAGAGAAGCGUUGCUUUUUGUUAUUCGGUCUUUUGGAGGCACUGUUUCCUGGGAUGGCGAGGGAGCUCCCUUUCCUGAGUCCGAUGAAUUCAUCACUCAUCAAAUUGUGGACAGACCUACGCAAGGCCACAAAUUUCUGUCUAGAGAGUAUGUGCAACCGCAGUGGAUUUUUGAUAGCGUGAACAACAAAUUCUUGUUGCCUACAGAUGCAUAUCUAGUGGGUAAGAUUUGCCCACCGCAUCUCUCACCGUUCGUAGAUGCCGAAGCGGAAGGUUACAUGCCUGAGUACGCUGAAACAAUCAAGAGGAUGCAAGCGGCUACAUCAGAUGACUUACCAAUAUUUGAGAAACCUGAUGAUGCUAAUGCAGCAACGGAGACGUCCAAGACUGAUGUAAAUGUGAAACUUGAAAAGUCAUUUACCCAGGACUUGAGCAAGGAGAUUGCUGGUAUCUCGUAUUCUGCCUCGCUGAAAAGAAAAGCAGAAACUGCUCCCGAAGAAGAUGAUCAGAAGAGUGAUGCUGCUCCAGCAGUUGUUCCAGAAGCAGACGAGGCCGUCCGAAUGGGAAGGAUGAUGAUGACGCGGAAAGCUCGGGGUCUGUAUGAUGCCGCCAAGAUGGGCCAAGCUAAGAAAGCGGCUAAAAUUGAGCUUCUGAAGGAGAGGAAGAAGAAAGCUAAGGUUGAGGCAAAAGGAAACAAAUAGAUGCAUCAAGUUUAACCGAUGCUUGUAAUAUACGAACUUCUGUUAUGGGACACGCAUCUAAUUGUGCGGAUUGCGGUACGAUCCUCUGUCCCCACUUGAGAUGUCUCGGAAGCACACCCUAGAUUUCAGUUUCGGGAUCAGUUAGCUUAGUUCAGAGACCUCUUUAUUACUAUCGUGGAAGAUAAUUGUUUUAAUGAAAUAUAGUUAUCAUCAUCAUCAUCUACCUCUCCA